AUGCUAGAGGCUGACCUGUGCUGGCCUCUGUGGGAGGAGGGCUCAGUGGAUGGAGCCUUCAAACUUGAGGCACCAGGAGGCGAUCUAGGGCAAGCAGUCAUCGCUGAAGUCGAGCGUCCUUUUCUCCUUGGUUACAGUCCAGUCAAGGGCAAUGGAAGGGGAGUACUCAUUCUUGGAGGCGGCGGCUACGUUCAGCUCAUGGUUGGUCGGGAAGGCAUCGCGGUUGCGAAAUGGCUAGCCAGCCUUGGGUUCUACGCCUUUGUGCUUGUCCACCGGUUUCCCACCGCUCGUACUGGAGCUCAAGCGCCUCUAGAUGAUGCCAGACGCGCGUUCAAAAUGAUGGCGGAGUCCGGGCACGCACCGGAGGGACAGGGUAUAUGCGGCCUCUCUUCUGGAGGUCACCUCGGAGCUGCACUUCUGGCCCAAUAUCCUCAAGAAUGGAUAUCACCCGAUCCAGACAUCCCCCAAGCUCAGUUUGCUAUUCUUGGAUAUGGACCAAUCUCGACAAACGCUGCCGGCCGUACCAUCAUUGCAAAUAAGCCACCCCUUCCGCCUGCAGAGAAGCAAGCUCUAUACGACUCAGUACAGCCAGAUGUCCAGCUCAAAUCCCCGGCCCCGCCCACAUUCAUUGUUUAUUCCAAUAAUGACCCGGUUGUCCCUGUCGUCAACGCUUAUCGUCUUGCCGAGGGCAUAACCAAGAGCGGAGGGUCUGUUGAGCUUCAUGUCUUUGCGGAUGCGCCUCAUGGCUUCGCCAUCGACACGGAGAAUCUACCUGUUUCUAAUUGGCCGUCAAUGUGUGAAGCAUGGCUUAGGCAACAUGAUUUCCGCCGGGUGCUUCCCACCGGCCCUAUCCGCGCCGUGACGAUAGGGACGGCCGCAUGUACGACGACCGUUCGCGCUCGCGCUCUCCUGGCGUGUCUCUCUCCGACUCGACAACUGCUAACUGUAUUCUCGGGUCAAAAGAUCUUCCGCGCUCUCCCCCACGAGGGCCUGCCUCGGACAGAAGACACGAUUACCCCAGAGACGGCCCGGAUUCCAGACCUCGUUACCACAGUCGGGACCGUGAUGACUAUCGACGACGCUCGUCUAGAUCGCCUCCGCCCCGGCGCGGGAGGCCGGCAUACAGAGAUCGCGACCGCGAAGGUUAUCGCUCGCCCGGAUACCACAGUCGGAGCAGAAGUCACAGUCGAAGUCGGAGUCGAAGCCAGCGACGAGGCCAUUACGAAUGAACUCAGAGACGGCUAUCAUAUUGAAGGUCUUGAGGAAGUUCGGGUGAUUCGUGAUCGGCAGACGAAAAUAUCCCGACAGCUCGGCUUUCUCCGAUUCCGUGACCUCAACUACUCGCGCGUUUUUGUUGAGCGCAAUUUUCCGUCCAUUUACUUCUACGGUCCUAGCGCUGGUCAGGAUGACCGUGGAACCAAAGUCCGCAUCGCAUAUAGCCGGGAGAGAGAGGAUCGUGCUCGCGCCAGAGCCGAGGGGGAUUGGACUUGCAAGAACUGUGCGAUAGUCAAUUACUCUACACGUUCAAAAUGUUUCCGGUGUCAAGCCCCCCGACCUGAACCCGGUCCGACGGGUCCUCCUGGAAUCGCUGCUCCCAAGGUUGAGAAUAAUGGUGAUAAUGAUGCUGCUCCUGAAAACCAGCCCUCGCAGUUUCUCUUGUUCCGAGGACUGGAGCCCACCGUGACAGAAGAACUUCUCGCCAAAGGAGUUGCUAAACUAUACCGACCAGCUAGCAAUGCUGAAAAUACAUCAGGAAAUCAGAAGAAAGGGGCUAAAGUGGCUUCCACUACUGGCGAUUCAAACCUGGGAGCUCGGGACGGGUCUAUCCGCCGUGUGCUGCUAGUACGAGAUCGCAAAAGCAAUGAAAGCUGGCGUUACGGAUUUGCGGAAUUUGCAACUAUCCAGGAUGCUCAAGCGGCUGUUACACGUCUCAACUCGUUCGAGAAGUUCACCAUAUCAUCAAGGCCAGUGCUUGUGAGCUACAUUCACGCUGGUGUUUUUGUUCCCGUGAUCAAUCCCUCGGCGCGUACGGAGAGGUUCACAUUCAGCCCUCUCAAUAACCCAUCCUUAAAGCUAAUGUACUGGGAUGAGGAGGCUUACGUUACAGAGCUCACAGUGUCGACUGGCGACAGUGACAAUAACCAAAUGCUGUUGAAGAACGACCAGCCUGACCAGCCAGAAACACAGGGAAAGGCUCAUAAAGACACAGACAAAACUAAGAAGAGGAAAGCAGACAACUCAGCCACUGCCGGCGCCAAGAAGCUUGCGAUGCCGUCGCAUUUGCAAUUCUGGAGCAAUCGGCACGCAGAGCUACAUGGCAUUCAGAAGAAGGACCCUGAUGACGCCGGAAGUGGCCCGGAUCAAGGGGCCUCGGCCAUGGAUCCUGGCGCUCCACCAGCCCAGUCCUAUGCGGACCCCAGUCGGAACUGCUGUUAUCUCUGCAUGCGCCAAUUCAAGAGCUCCGCGGAGGUCAACCGCCACGAACGACUCAGUCAGCUGCACCAGAGUAACUUGCAAGAUGAGGAGCUAAAAGCCAAGGCGAUGGGGAAGCUUAUCAAACAUGGUAUUGCCCAGCAGACACCGGAGUACCGCGACCGUGCCAGGGAACGCCGACAGGCAUUCGGCAGCUCCAAGGCUGCAGCUAAGAAGAGCGCGCCUCCACCAAAGGAGGAAGAAGAACCCCCAGUGGAGUCCACGUCGAAGGGUGCUUCUCUUCUCAGCAAGAUGGGAUGGUCUGCUGGAACAGGGCUGGGUGCUCAGGGCACUGGCAUGACUGCUCCUAUUGCCACCGAGGUCUACGCGCAGGGUGUUGGUCUAGGAGCACAGGGAGGCAAAUUGGGAGAUGCAGUCGAAGAAGCAGGACGCAAUACCCGCGGGAGAUACGAUGAAUUCUUGGAAAAGACAAGGCAGACUGCACGGGAGCGCUACGAGCAAAUGGAGAAAUAG